AUGAAUCAGGGUCAAAUCCGGUAUGGGAACGCGUACAAUCCCUAUCCAUACGGAAACCCAUCGAACAAUGCAUCGACAGCGUCCGUGUCGUCGCUCGCCAGCACAUCGUCCAAGAUUCUCGGUCUGUUUAAGAAGGACAAGCCACCGCCCGUGCCAGAAAAGGACUAUCCUUACUCGACGGGCAGAAAUGCCUUGCCCAGCUCGAGCUCUCUCAGCCUCAGCAUGACCUUGUCCGACGCAGGCACGACGGCCUCUGGUCACUCGGGCAGCACGAGUGGAACGGGCAAGCGCACGGGCACCAUCUUCAAGAUUGGAAAACGGAGCAAGAAGAAUAAGGAAAAGGAUCCAUAUUAUGGACACGGCCAGGCCGAGAGCAUAUCCAGUCCACAGAACGUAAAGCACGAGCUCCACGUCGACGGUGGUCUUACUGGAUUUCCUCCAGAAUGGGAGGCAAGUCUCUUGCAGUUGGGCUACACCCGCGAGGAACUCGACCGAAUGGUCAUGGACAGGCAGCGCAGGAACCUCUCUGCAGCACACCCAAAUCUCAUCCCAUUGGGAGGCAAUCUGACCCAACCUUCUCACGCUGGGCCGAGCACAUCUGCGCUUGCGGCUGCCUCUCCUAUCCGGUAUCCAUCACCUCCUCAGCAAUACGCGUUGCCAGUCAACCCACAGCUCUAUCAACAAACUCAUUCAAUUGCCGCUGUACAACAUCCAGCACCUGCUCUACAGACUCUUAAGCUCACCACGGACAUUUUGCCAGGACAAGGAUCUGCAUCCAAUAGUCCUGCCCAAUUCGCACCAUCAUUGCGCUCAAUUCCAGACCGAGUGGCAUCUCCAGCCAGUUCAACACGGUCGCAUCACCAAUCGCCGGCCGGAAGUGAUCCUCGCUCUUCUCCCGUCCCCUCAUUGAGCCGCGAGCGGGACCAAUACUUCCCACCUUCGAAUCUGUCAAAAGAGAUACCAAUUUCUACCUCUUCAUCUCCCAAAGUCACCGAGUCCCCCGUAGUUACUCCUCCCAUCAAACAAGCACCGACCCGACCUGCACCACCCCCUCCAUUGUUCUCCGACCGGGCAAACACACGACGAGACGACGAUGACACUCCUCUGCAGCAACAAAUAGCAAGGAUGCCGCUGCCUCCGGCUCCAAGCAAGGUCCCAUCGGAGCAAAACAUCUCUGUCGCCCCCCGAGAAGCUCCGCGACCGAUCAGCGGAGAGAAUAAUGUGACACCGACCAAGGCGACUGCCGCCGACACGGUAAACCUGACACCUUCGGCAUCAGACUCUGUACCUUCGCCAAAUACAGCGACGCCACUGUCACUAGAUAAGGCUCCACGGAUAUCACUCAAUACUGUUCCUCGCAUAUCCCUUUCGCUUGGUCUCGGGGACUUGAGCAAAGGGCUUGACGUUGGGACGGACGCUGGAAAACGUGAAUCUGUUGCAUGGUCGGAUGCGAUCUUCUCCGCCCUACCGAGCGCGACAGCCUUUGAUGGUUUCAGGAGCUCCAUUAGUCCAAAGACUCUAUCGGGUAAAAAUACUCCCAUCUCCGCGCGGUCGCCUGCUGGCGAUAUAGCUGCAGGCGACAAACAUUCUCCGAACUCCGUAUCUGCAAACGUUAGUCCAGUGCCUACUGCGACGUCGAGUUUGUUAUCCACCCCUUCCCCUCUUGACACCCGACCUUCACCAGGCCCGCCAAAGCUCGAGCUGACCAGUGGAUUUUCGCCGCUUUCUGCACCAUUCUCCUCUACUUCCUCUAUCACCCAACGCUUAUCACCUAGCGGCGUUAGUGCCUUACCGAGUCCACAACCAAGCAUAUUCGCCACGACGUCUGCCCGAGAUACUCUCGACUUUGGCGAAGAGGCCUAUGCCAUUGCAAGACUCGAGGAUCACAGUCUCUUGGGCCGCGAAGGAGACCUUGGAACACCCUCCAGUCAACAUGACCGCGGUUCGGUUGUGAGCAGAUCGUCAACUGUGAGUGGUGGCUCUUUUGCGAGCUCAGAGGCUCUCAGUGAUAAUCGAAACCGUAUGAUUCGAGACUCUGUCUCAAGCUACGGUGCUCUUGAUGAGGAGGAUGCCGAGCCAGUAAUUGUAACCCGAGCGACCGCCAUCAAACUUGCACGAGCCCCUUCAAAGUCCCUUCAGCGAACAUUAGAUACUAUGGGGUAUCGUCAAAAUCCUUCGAGCUCAGGUAGCCCACCACCUGCCCAAGGAUCAUCUCGCGGUGUUGUGGGUCAAGCGAGUGCGCAAAUGGUCACGAUGCACGGACGAGGUGCUAGCGCUUCCAGUCUUCUCAACAUUCAAACUCCCAACUCGUUUGGAUCUCACAGCCCGGCCUCCUCUACUGUUACCUCGUCCACAGACACCGGUGUUCCUUAUGGCUUCAGUAUGUACCAGUACAAUGAAGAGGAUGAGCAUGAAGAUGAGAGUGAUGAGGAAGAAGGAGGUGAUAGCAGUGAAGAGGAUGAGGAUCCAGGCUCGAGGAAUACGAUUCGUUUGGACGACGUCAAGGCCAAUCGACUCAUGGCCGCAGUGAUGCAAGCAGGCGGUGUCGUAGACACGGAGGAUGCUCAAGUCUUCCAAAACUCAACGCGCGUGAGCCCUACUGCAUCACGGCCAGCGGCAGCUGUGUCGGCACCGGCUCAAGACGUUCAGAACGCGGAUGGCAAGUCGAGGCCCCUCAGUACUGCGACCAUCCAGACAAUCAGAGCAGAAUCCCCGCAGCACCAACAACCCCGGCAAUUGGGUGAGCUACGCCACCAAGCUCGCCCCCCAACUGAAUAUGAGGACACACUGGCGGACGAUGAGGACACUUCUGCUCUGGAUGACUGGCUCGAAGCCAAUGAAGAGAUUGACGACGAGCAAACUCGAGACGACUCUGACGUGGAAGACGAUGCUUCGCCUGUCCCUACAACCUCUCGAGAUCCAGAGAGCUCCGACUACGACGAUGCAGAUCACCCGCUACAGACUCCGUCGACCAGCUACUCAAAGGGAAGCGACGCAGCCUCCCAGAGUACACAAUCCUCUCGCUUUACUGAACAACAGUCACUCAAUUCCACUCAUUCUCCGGUCCAAUCACCUCUCACCAACCAGAACAUCGUUGACUUGCCGUCAAAGACGGCCUUUUUGGAAGCAACAUCUCCCGGACAGAAGAGCGUUUCUUCAGCCCCUUCAACCGGACACUCCGGGUUUCCACAGUCUCCAUCCAACGUUUCCUCCCCGCCCCAAUCCUCCUCACGAGCGUCGUUUCGACAAUCGAGACGGUUUAGCAAGUAUAGUGGACUCUCAUCCUACUCACCUUUACCAGGGAGCGCCUCCAAAUCCGAGUUCAGCUCUCCUACGUCUCAGUAUCGUCAAAAUCGUUCCUCGAUUAUCUACGCCCCUUCACUACCGUCCGUUCACCGCGAAACAUCCCUUUCCACUGGCUCUAAUUAUCGAGAGCUAUCACCGCUUUCACAACCUUCCGCUUCACCGGACCCGCCCUACUCUGCAAUGUCCCUAGUGGAUGAAGCAACGAGUAAAUUGCUCGAGCCCGUCGCCGAAUUUGUACUUCCUGGAGAUCCACGACAUAUUUUUGGUGAGAUGCACCUGGUGGCAGAGGGUGAAUCUGGUGGAAUCUUUGCUGCAAAAGUGCUGGGUGACGCGGGUACACCGGUCACGUCCACAUCUAACUGGUCGAGAACGACAUCUUCGUCGAUAUCAUCCCUCAUUGGCAGCGUAGUGGCCAUCAAGCGGAUGCGUGUCUGUGACGAAACUGGGCCUCGGAUAAAAACGCUUCAGCACGAGCUAUCGGUGCUUUCUGCCUGUGGUCAACAUGCCAACAUAUUAACAUAUGGAGGAAUGUGGCUUGGAAAUGAUCCAUAUGUCGAGCUCUGGCUCCAGAUGGAACUCAUGGAGCGUAGCUUGGCGGAUUUGAUUGCUCUGUUCCAAGAAGGACUGUCCAUUGAAGAACGACAUGUCGCUCGGUUUGCCUACGAUGCAGCUUGUGGACUCGCGUUCCUCGAAGAGGCAUGGAUUGCUCACAGAGAUAUUCGGAGUGACAACCUUCUCGUUUGUGCGGACGAUGGGAGUGUCAAAAUUGCCGAUUUUGCGAGCGCUGUUCAACUCUCCGUGGGUGACACUAUUCGAAGUGACCCUGCAGGCAUCAUCUACUGGCAAGCACCAGAGAUGCGAAAGGGUGUGUACGAUGCAUCCAAAGUGGAUGUGUGGUCGCUCGGUGCGACGGUGUGGGAGCUGGUCGAGGGGGAGACACCGUUUGAGCGAGAAGAGAUGAGCCCGACAGAGCGCUUGCCGGAGCUCUCGAAUGUUCAAAACGUCUCCCAAGGUCUACUCGGUUUCCUGGCGCUCUGUGAGCGUCCUGCAAAGAGGCGGGUAGCAGCCAAGGCGCUGCUCGAGACUCCAUUUGUGCUCGCGCGGUGCUCGCAAGAGGAAAUGAUGCAGCUAUUGGGCCGUGCUCGCGCUCUAGAGCAGGCCGGUGACCUGGAAUAG